AUGGGCAAGCUGCAGGGCAAAGUCGCUCUUGUUACAGGCGGUAACAGCGGAAUUGGGCGCGCAAUCGCUGACCAAUUUGCGGAGGAGGGAGCAGCUCACAUCUACAUCGUCGGUCGUCGGCAAACAGAAUUGGAUAAAGCUGCCACCGACCUCGGCUCUAAAGCUACAUGCAUUCAAGCCGACAUCACCCAACUAGCCGAGCUGGACAACGUCUAUUCCCGAAUCGCGAAGGACAAUCGAAAAUUAGAUAUCGUGGUUGCCAAUGCUGGCCGUGUUGAGAAUCGUUCAAUUGUAGAAGUUGAUGUGGAUCACUUCGAUCGUAUAUUUGAUUUAAAUGUGCGGAGUACCUUUUUCACUGUUCAAAAAGCGAUACCCUUACUCAACGGCAACGCGUCGGUAAUAUUCGUUUCCUCCUCGAUGAAUGUUCGAAGUGAUGCCGGAGCGAGCGUUUAUAACGCCUCGAAGGCGGCCGUGCAUUCUCUUGCCAAAACAUUCGCCGUUGAGUUGAUUCCCCGUGGCGUUCGGGUCAACACCCUCAGCCCUGGUCCGGUUGAUACGCCUAUUGUGGAAACCGUUGCAAAGACUCCAGAGGAUGCAGCCGCCUUUCGAAAGUGGGCUGCGACCGAAGUUCCGAUGGGUCGAAUGGGACAGCCGCGAGAAGUUGCUGCAGCUGCGGUUUUUCUAGCUUCGAACGAGAGUAGUUUCUCGACUGGAAUGGAACUACGAGUUGAUGGAGGUCAUGCUGAGCUCCAACAUCCACAGAAGACCUCUCUAUUCUAA